AUUUGACUGAUUUUUAAAAUCAAUGAUGUAAUAUUUUAUGUUUUUUAUUUGUACUUUAUAGAUGUGGUGUUUGGAUAGAUCAAGAUGAGUGAAAAUCCAGGUCGUUAUGAUAUUGAUGUGCCAUCAUCAUCAUCACCUGAUGAAGAAUUGUUUGAAGCAGCAAAGAAUGGAAAAUUAGACGAUUUCAAAAAGCUUUGUGAUGAGAAAAAAUUAAAUCCCUUAAAAUUAACAAAUAAACCGGACUUAAAUUUUCCAAUCCAUGAAGCAGCAUCCAAUGAUCAAGUUGACAUCAUCGCAGAGAUUUUGAAAAGAGAUGGAAGAAAUGAGAUGCUUGAAUCAAAAAAUGUGUAUGGUCAGACACCAUUACAUGUUGCUGCUAUGUACAAUAGAACUAAGACUAUUGAGUUCUUGAUUGAUAACGGAGCUAAUCCAAAUAGUAAAGACAAGAAUGAAAGUACUGCUCUCCAACUGUCUAUAGAGAUGCAAAAAACAUAUUCGUCGCGAACGUUGCUAAAAAAAGAUGGUGUGGACUUUCAAACUGAAAAUACGAAAGGAAAUACUCUAUUACAUACGGCUGCAGAAAAUGGUUCUGCAGAUUUAUGCAAGGUACUUGUUAAGGAGAAGAAUGUCAACAUUAAAAAAUUAAACAAGGAUAAAGAGCAUGCUCUGUUUGGUGUCUUGCGUACACUAAAAGGAGAAAGUACCAAAGAAAUGUUAUGCUACCUCUUCGAUAAAUGCAUAGAUCCAGAGGACAGAGAGAAGAUCCUCACAAAAGAAAAUGCAAAAGGGGAGACUUUGCUGAAUGUAGCCCGGCAAUAUGGCAAUAAGGAAGUUAUCAAAUACCUCAAGCAGUUAAUAGAGGAAAUUGAUAUGUCUGCCUUGAUUGUAGAUAAGAAUAAAAAGUUUAAUCAGGUGAAACUGUUUGUGUGCGGAUCUGAAAAUGUUGGCAAAACUACCUUGAUAAAGUCACUUGAAAGUAAAGAUGCUUUGUUGUUUCGGACUCACAACGAUGGAGGUGUUCACGACCCAACACCUGGGAUUGAUAUAAAGAUGUGUGACUUUCCUGUUGCCGGCAUAUUCAGUGUUUGGGAUUUCGCCGGUCAACCAGAGUUUUAUCUGACGCAUCCCCUGUUUAUGGAUGCCCACAAUGCUAUCACGAUUCUUGUAUACAAGAACAUUACAGAGGAACGGCAGCAGAGUACAUUUAUUAUUACAAAGAUUAUGGAGUGGUUAAGGUUUCUGAAGGCAUCUACUGAUGAAACUAAACCAUCUCAGAAGAAGCCAACUAUCAUUCUUGUUGGAACACACAGCGAUGAAGUUGACAGACAACGUGCUGUGAAACAAGGAGAAUUCCUGGUGAAACACCUCAAGGAAAAAUUUAGUAAAUGGCUGAACAUUUUGGACGAGGUCAUUGUUGUAGAUGCAAGGCAGCCUUACGACAAAAAAACCGAAGGAAUGGGCUUGUUAAGAACGACCCUGAGAGACCAGAGGAAUUCUUAUCUAGAGGUAAGCAGAGAUAGACAAAAAUGAAUAAUAACUUGUUGGUUAAUUUUUAAAAAAAACUUCAGGGGACUUGAGCCUGUGUGCAGUGUUGGCAAGUUUAGUUGUUGUUAUUAUUAUCUCCGUCAGUAGAUAUAUGUCUUCAGUCGUGUAAGUUUGCGUAUAUGUGUGUCACAUUUUCGUGUUUUGUGUGUUUUUUUUGUUUUCGAAUUAUCUCAAAAAUGACUGCACAGAUAAAAAUAAAGAUAGCAGAUAGUUUUGGUAUGACCCAAUGAAGAAAUGAUUGAAUUUUGGUGAUGGUCCAGAGUAGGGUGUGGAUGUGAGGACUAAUUCAAGGGAUUUAAGAACAAACAUUCUACACCAGAUAUUUCAAAAAUGUGUCAACUUAUCUCAAUGAAAUUUAAACAAGGAAUAAAUUAUGAAGUGUUGGUGAUGAUCCAAAUUCGGAUGUGCAUUUGAGGGCCAUUAGGUGCCAGACCUAAACAUCUCUAAAAUCGAUCAAUGGAUCAAAAUUACACUUUCCAGAAUAGUUUGUCAUGUUUUAUUGAAGAAGUGUUUAAAUUUUAGUUACGAUUUGAAGUAAGGUGUGGAUAUGUGGACCAUUUAAAGAAUGUGUUUACCGUAUUAUCAUAGGCAGAAACAAUAACUAUAUGAUUGUGUCGGGAUUCAAUAUUUCGUUAUUUAUUAUGUCAUCAUCAGUAAUAAAUGCGCCAUUGGACAACACUAUGGUGAAUAGGUACCUUUGGCCUCUCUCCAUUGGCAUCACCAGGGUGGAUUUGGGUUAGUGAGUGCAAUUUCCCUCCCCCACCUCAUCAGACAGACCAGGACCGUUGUCUGACACCACGAUGAGUUCUUCAAAUCAAAUAUUAAUUUACGUAUCUAUAUAAUGUGAUUGCCAAUCCCUAUGACUGUAGUCUAAAAACAGUGUUGGCCCAUUCAAAAACCAUAAAUUAUUGCCUAUAACAACCGCUCUAC